CGCCGGCCGCACCACCCUCCUCCAAACACAACACACCCACGAACCGCAACCCGCACCGUUCCCUUUCCCCACCUCGAUCUCGCGCGCUAGGGUUUCGUCUCGCCGCCGCCGCCGCCGCCGCCGCCGCUCUCGCCCUCCUCCGCGAAGAUGCCGAAGAACAAGGGUAAGGGAGGCAAGAACCGGAAGAGGGGAAAGAACGAGGCCGACGACGACAAGCGCGAGCUCGUCUUCAAGGAAGACGGGCAGGAGUACGCGCAGGUGACCCGGAUGCUCGGCAACGGGCGGUGCGAGGCCAUCUGCGUCGAUGGCACGCGCCGCCUCUGCCACAUCCGGGGCAAGAUGCACAAGAAGGUCUGGAUCGCGGCCGGGGACAUCGUCCUCGUCGGCCUCCGCGACUACCAGGACGACAAGGCUGACGUCAUCCUCAAGUACAUGAACGACGAGGCGCGUCUGCUCAAGGCCUACGGGGAGCUCCCCGAGACGCUCAGGCUCAACGAGGGCGUCGACGUCGAUGGGCCCGAGGACGGCGAGGAGGGCAGCGACUACAUCCAGUUCGAGGACGAGGACAUCGACAAGAUCUAAGAAAUCUUUUUCUCCUUGCGGGGCUACUCUAUUAUUGUGUGACUUUGUGUUCUAGUAUGUGGUGGUAUGGUUUAGGCUGGGCUGGCUGUUGUGGAUUAGCUAUCCUGCCUGCGUGGAUCACAAUCCUGCCUGAGUGAUCUUGUAAUAGGAUCGAGGUGGUUAAAUAAUCGCGGAUAAUUUCGUUUUUAAUCUGGUACAUGCUGUUACAGGAUGUUCUAUACUAAGUUGUUAUUGUUCUGGAUUGUGUUCUAUUAUAUUGAUUGAUUUGCCAAGUA